AUGGGUUCUCCUGUUGAAUCUUCACUGCCUACGCAGCAGCCGCUGGAAGGCGAUACAAUCUUUGUCAAGCAUAAUCCUGCGACACCUCAAGAGAUUGGCCCGCAAGACCCGAUGCAGGAAACAUUACCCUCGACCGAGAUACCAAACUCGCCCAUCGACCCAAACGAAUCUUUCACUACGCAAGUCAACGAGGAACGACCACACGCCACCGUCAUUCCUUCGUCUUUGACACCGCCUCCUUCGACACAAGUUACAAUCAGCCACAAUGCCAGCCAACCUGGCCCGUCCAAACGAAAGUUCUCUGCAUCUCAGCAGUCGACACUCUGCUCUCCACCAGCUACCAUUCAAAACAUCAUACGCGAUCGCUCCAGCACGUCAGAUUUUCUCCCUCCCGCUCCUCAACAAGUCCUCGAGGCAUCCGCAGACGAACUCCGCGUCAUGGUUCAAAAUGCUAUUGCGGAGCAGCAGAAGCUGAAAACCGAGGCUGCCCACUUUAAGCUGCAGUACAACCUCAUGGCUCUUCAGGCCGACGACGAUGCCAAGCGUGCCGCUGUGGAACACGAGAUGAUGCGUCGUGAGGUGGAAGCGCUUCGUAAUGCGGAGCACACACGACAAGCUAGAAAAGACCUAGAUUCGGCGUCCGAGACAGUGCAGGGGAAAUAUCUGCAAAUGAAAGCUUGGUACGACAGCAUGGUACAAGACCAGGAAGUCCUUCAGCGUCGGUUAAAGACUGCCAAAAAGGUCAUCAAGCAGAGAGAGGAUGAAUACAACACCCUUGCUGAAGAGCGGGAUAUGUUGUUGAACAGAAUACGAGAAAACAGAGAGCAUAUGCAGAUGCUCUGCAGCCCUGGAGGUAUAUUUCACGCCCUAGCACCCAAACAGAGAGGCGUUGUUGUCCCGAGCUCACACGGACAGCGUGGCUUUCAGCAGCAAGCUUCCAGAACACAAGUACACAGUAGACAAGAGCAUGGCCUCUCGGCUUUGUUACAGGCUAUGAGCCAGGAUAACAACAGCGCGCCUUCAACGCCGAUGCAUAUUCACCGCCCUCCACAACGACACGUCGGAAAGCAUAGUCGGAAUGCCCAAUCAAUGUCGUCUUUGCCUACAACGCCUAUGAGUCGACCCGCAGGACCACAUGUUGGACUUUUACCGUCGGUUGAUCUUGUACCUCAAACGGAGCCUCAACGAUAUACACAGCGACAAUUCAUUCCUACAACACCCAAAUCGGAACGCCAGCGACGUAGGAGUCGGGAGAGUACUAUUUCGGUAGACGACAAUGAAGAGCUCGCUAGACAGGCGCUCGAGUCGGUAGCUGCAGCUCAAUCGUCCACGACACAGCCGUCACAUUCGCAAUCACGAGACCGCAGUCAGGAUAUCUACGACAGCCAAGCUAGUCAAGCAGCUACAGAACUAUUACGACGAGAUUCACGACAAAGCUUUGAAGUAGCAGACUCGCGCAAGAUUCCAGGUGCAGUAGAAAAGUCUGUUCGUAUGCAGAAGUUGCUAUCUCAUCACGCCAAUGGAGAUGGGGAUAAGCGCAAGUUUUACAACUCAAGCGAAGAAGCACGACGUGACCAUGAGAGUCCAGCCAAAAAGUCUAGAGUUGAGCCGUUGACGGAUAAGUUUGGGUUGGGGAUUCAGUACAGGGAGUAG